AUCCCCUACAGCUCUAAUUGAUAUUCUUACUUUCUUUCCUUGCUCAUCACUCGGGUGAGCAGAACGAUCCAAAGGCCCUGGUGGGAACGGAUAAACAAACGAAAGAAUGCCACGCCUCGACGACAACACGCCGCAAUACCUGCGCGACGCAGAACAAGGCGUACGAGCACACACCCGCCGCGCCUGGGAAAGCUUCACAGACUUUGCCCUGCGCGACAACGUCCUCGAAGUCGCUGUUGGACUCAUUCUAGCCCAAUCCUUCACAACCCUAACAACAUCGCUGGUAACCGACAUCCUCCUCCCAACAAUCUCGCUCCUACCCUUCCUCUCCCGCAACCUCCCCGAACGCUUCACCACGCUGCGCGCGGGCCCGCAAUACAACACCACGUUGACAUCGGGCUACAACACCCCCUCGCAAGCUCUAGCCGACGGCGCCGUGAUUUUCGCCUGGGGCAACUUCGUCGAUAAACUGGUCAGGUUCUUGGUCGUGGCCGUCGUGCUGUGGGUUAUUGCCACGGGGUAUAGUAGGGGUAGUGGGGAGGAUAUUGUCAAGAGGCAGGUCAGGUGUGGGUAUUGUAGGAAGUGGGUUGGGGAGAAGGCGAGGCGGUGCUUUUUUUGUACGAGUUGGUUGGAUGGGAGGGAGGAGAAGGGGGGUGAGAGGGUGGAGGGGGAAGGGGAGGUUGAGCUGUGAU